AUGGUUAGGUUUACGCUUGUUCGCUUCACGUCGGCCAUGCGGCCGCUGCCUUCUUCGGGCAUGUCCGUUCUGGCGGUUCGUCGCGCUCGGCGGACUCGUGCAAGAUCUAAGGGCAGCCGCAUGGCGAUCGAGAGGCUCACCGACGACCUCCUCGUCGAGAUCCUCUCACGCAUACCCGCCAAGGUGGUCUGCCGCUGCAAGGCCGUCUCCAAGCGCUGGAUCGGCCUCAUCGACCACCCCGACCACCGCAAGCGGCUCCCCCAACCACUCGCCGGCUUCUUCUACAACAGCACGAACGAGAACCCCUUCCCGAUGUCAACCGUACACUUCGUCAAUGCGUCCGGGAGCGGUUGCCCUUUCAUCUGCCCUUCUCUCUCCUUCCUUCCCAGCCACCGCCGCCUCGACCUCUUGGACUGCUGCAAAGGCCUCCUCCUCUGCCGCUGGUACGACGCCUCCGCCGGAGGCGACAUGUUCUGGUACGUCGUGUGCAACCCCGGAGGAGUGGGCGGCGAUGCCUGA